UUACACAUAAAAAAUAAAAAACGAAAUAAAUUUCCGACCGUUACCAUUAGAUGGGACAAGGUGCUCGCCCAUCGUUCAAGCGUCCACCCGUCCCUUCAUCUAUAUUGUAUACUAUAUACUACACCAAUUCUACUGAAUCGACCGAAAAUUUGAACCCGCGCCGAAAUCCACCGCAAUUUUCGAAGCGUUCCUCUCUGCCCCUUAUCCCCGCUCCCUCUCUUGUGAACUUAAUAAAGAGUCGGGGCCGAAAUUCAAAAGCAAAAUGGCUUCCUCUACCGCUGCUACAACUUCAGGCUUUUGCCCGUUGAUUCCGAACCGUCGAUUAGCCGGGUCUCCGCUUCAUGUCUUGAUUUCCGGCCGUCGAUCAAAGCGGCAGCGCCACCACCACCGCCGGUGCGUGAUAACCUCUGCACAGCGGCCCACAUGGCUUCCAGGCCUCGAUCCCCCACCUUACCUUGACGGCACUCUCGCCGGAGAUUUCGGGUUUGAUCCUUUGGGCCUUGGAGAAGAUCCCAAGAGUUUGAAAUGGUAUGUGCAGGCAGAGCUUGUUCAUGCUCGUUUUGCGAUGGCAGCUGUUGCAGGAAUACUUUUAACCGAUUUACUUCGUACAACUGGUGUAAGCAGUAUACCUGCAUGGUAUGAAGCAGGGGCAAUAAAGUUUGAGUUUGCAAGCACACGGUCACUUUUUAUUGUUCAACUUAUUCUAAUGGGGUUUGUGGAGACCAAAAGAUACAUGGAUUUCAUUAAUCCUGGAUCUCAAGCUAAAGAGGGGACGUUCUUUGGAUUGGAGGCUUCUCUUGAAGGCCUUGAACCAGGCUACCCUGGUGGCCCCUUGCUAAACCCACUGGGUUUGGCUAAAGAUAUUCACCUUGCUCAUGACUGGAAACUCAAAGAAAUAAAGAAUGGUCGUCUUGCCAUGGUAGCCAUGAUCGGCAUCUUUGUGCAGGCUUCCGUGACACACACUGGUCCAGUUGACAAUCUUAUAAAACAUCUUUCCAAUCCUUGGCAUACAACUGUCAUUCAGACCCUUGGAUUGGGAUCUUGAUUAGACAGGAAUGAGAUUGGGAUUUUCCUUGUAUAUAAGCAUUUUUUAUUGUUUGUAAUGGAUGAAGAUUCAUUUUAAAAUGUUUGUUUCAUGUA